UCAGAAUCAUCGGCGGCGGCAUCGCUGCUGUUGUUGGAGGCAGCUUUGGGGCCUGCUGUGCGGCGCUUGGGCUGCCUCGGCGCGGGCUGGCAAGCCAAUGAGGGCCCGGACUCCGGCCCUCGCUGCCUCAGGAGCUGCCGGGAGCCCCCCGUGCCGACCUCCGGCCCGAAUAAGGGCGGGUCGAUUGCCCCCCCCAUGCGGCGGCUCCAGGAGAAGUUCAGGAGGUUCAUGAAUCAUCCAGCUCCAGCAAACAGUCGUUAUAAACCUACUUGCUAUGAGCAUGCUGCUAACUGUUACACUCAUGCAUUUCUUAUUUUCCCAGCCAUUGUUGGUAGUGCCCUCCUUCAUCGACUCUCUGAGGAUCAGUGGGAAAAGAUAACAGCAUGGAUAUAUGGAGUUGGUCUGUGUGCACUUUUCAUCAUUUCAACAGUGUUUCAUAUCAUUUCUUGGAAGAAGAGUCAUCUAAGGACAAUGGAGCACUGUUUCCAUAUGUGUGACCGAAUGAUGAUCUAUAUCUUCAUUGCAGCAUCAUAUGCACCUUGGUUAAACCUUCGUGAACUUGGGCCUCUGGCAUCUCAUAUGCGUUGGUUUAUCUGGCUAAUGGCUGCUGGAGGAGCUUUUUAUGUAUUUCUCUACCACGAAAAGUAUAAAAUUGUGGAGCUGUUCUUCUAUUUAGCAAUGGGAUUUUCUCCUGCUCUAGUUGUAACUUCCAUGAAAGCAGCAACAUGGACAGACAACAGAGCACUUCCCAAUGCUCUAAAAGGAAACAGUGGUCAAUAGCAUAAAAGCCUGUGGAGAGAGAGAGAAAGCAAGCAUCUCUCCAGUACAGAUUAUCCACAAGAGGGACUAGGGCUGUUUUUGUGCCAGUUCGUGUCUGAACCCAGAUGAAAGGGAUGUAGAUAAUUACUUGUAAGAAUUGUUUGGGGUUGCAGUGCUACUGCCUUGUCAUUAAUUUGGAUACACAGAAGGACAGUAGGAAUUGGUUGGGUUCAAAAAUAUUUUCUUAAGCAAGAAACUUGACAUUGCUUUCCAUAAGGAAUGGGAGCACUUGGCCUUAAUUACUAGAUGUGUCAUGUACUGGCCCCGCUCCACCUGGUUUAGCGAAGGGGGUGUGUGUCCUGAUAUGUCAUGUGACACCACUGUAACGCCAUGAGUUUGACACCCCUACAUUAGAUGGUGAAGCCACCAGCACAUAUCCUUAAAAGUAGCCAAAUCCCAGAGAGAAGAGUGGUGGAAGUGGAAGAUGAAAUCCUUGUUGAGUAUAACAACAUCUCAUCCCUAGCCCAAAGGACUGGGUCUGCUUCUGCAUGAAGUACUUGGUUGGCAGAAGGUGAACCCAUACAAAUUGCUGUUCCCCAUUUAGUUAACUCCUUGAUUUUUUUCUAAUGCCCUGUACAUUAACAUUUUUAUUAGAAACCAACCUGGUGUUCAUUGGAAGUAGUAUUAAGGUCUGUGGCUGCUCCACCUGACUGUCCAGGUCACUUCCACAAGCAGAGGCACAAAAAAGAAUCAUGUCUAAAUAGUUUUACCUCUCCACAUGGAUCUGUUUCCCCUCCUUCUCCUCUUCUUCCUUUUAUCCUUAUUAUACUUGGAUAGCAACACCAAUAGCUACUGUAGAGGAAUGUAAACACCUGCCUAGGUCACAAUAAUCUUCUCCCUUCACUAAAGCAAUAAAUACAUAGCUGGUCCCUGUAGAAACCAGGAUGCUGUACUACAGAGCCUCUUGGUUUUAAGACAAGAGGCUUUUACCCGUUAAUAGUUUUUUACCUUUACCUUGCCAGUGUAUAGCCUGAACAGAAAUUGUAUUGUAUUCCUUCAGUGUUAAUGACUGUUCUUUUACAUGGACCCAGGUUAAAAAGAAACUUGUUCCCUUU